AUGCAUCUCGUUCUCAUCCUGAUUGCGAGCUUGCUCCGGGGCAUUGUUGCUCUGCCAGCCCUUGACACCGCUGCCAUCAGCCGAGAUGUAGACUCGAGCUUGACAUGUCCUGAGCUCUUACCAGCUAUUCCUGGCUUUGAUUAUCCUCACCUGAUGAUCCCGAUCUCAUCAAGCCAUCCCAAUAUCGCGUAUCCGAAUACACUCACACCAAAUAUCAGCGCCAAUGACAUGUCUGUUGUCUUCAACUUCGACGUCCCAGAAGAGCGUUCAGGACAGAUGUGCACAUGGCAAUUUCUCUUCCCUCAACAGAAUCAACUUAGCACGUCAUACUUCAAAUUGAUCGGAUUUGGCACGUUCCAUUUCUCUCUUUCAGCACUCGGGAACGGGGCGAUUGCCGGUACCACCACGUUCAACAACCAACCGCUUCAAGCAAAUCCACACGGUUUUCCAUGUUCAGUGAGCAUGCAGCCAGGCAAUGCCUACACCGUCGGCUCGUCGCUUUGUGUACCGGGCCUGAUUAGCUUGACCAUGAGCAGCACGGACAGUCACCUGGAGUGGUUCGAAGAUUACAACCCAUGUCCGAUAGGUCUUUAUAUGACUUAUUCUCCAGCCUAGCAAGGGAUUUGGGGGACAGGAGUCGCAGAUGGCUCGAUGUCUCUGAGGAGUUUGAGAAGGAGUUGUUAAGAUUAGCAGGAAUGAACCAAUACGGAUAGAUGCGGAAUGUCGAUUAAGCGAAAGGACCACCAGCCUCUCUGCAUGAACUACUACGGGGUCCUAGGGCGGUGUUGUUGACGGGAUUGACUUGUCACCAAGAGAGAGGGCGAUGGUGGAAGAGGCUGGGAUUGUUUAUGGACUUGUAAUUG